GGCGUGCACAUCAGGCUGACAAAAAUUCUUAUAAAAUGAGGACAAAAUUCAAUUUGAAUCAGUCGAGUGGACUCAUCGAUCAGCAACGGUAGUAGAGAGAGUCGUGAUAUCCAGCUAUUCAUUACCAAGUCAAAUUUCACUUAUUAUCAUGGCUGACUACGCCAAGAUGCUGCUGUUGGUUCUUGUUUCUUUGGUGGCUGGAGAGGCCAUGGGUGGACCGAUGGGAUCGUCUUCAUCCGGGUACUACACCACGCCGGCGUCCUACUACACCAGCAAGGCUCCUGAGUACUACACAACGAAGAAGGCCGAGUAUUACACAACAUAUUCUGCCCCGAGCUACUACACCGAACCUCCCAAGUACUACACGACCAAAGCCCCGGAAUACUACACUACUACGUAUGCUGCUCCGACGUACUACACCGAAGUCCCUAAGUACUAUUCGGCUCCAAGUUACUACGCAGAGGCCCCAGUUUAUUACACCACAACAUACGCUACUCCAAGUUACUACACCGAGGCACCCAAAUACUACACAACAAAGGCACCGGAGUAUUACACAACGACUUACGCUACACCAAGCUACUACACCGAGGCUCCUAAAUAUUAUGCUGCCCCCAGCUACACCACCACUACUAAAGCCUACUACACCACAACAGAAGCAGCCAAAUAUUAUGAAGCUCCGACUUACUAUACUGAAGCUGCUCAGUCUUACUACGUGGAGCCCACAUACUACACUGAGGCUCCAAAUUAUAACUCUGCCCCCAGUUACUACACCACUGCUGCUCCUUCGUAUUACGUUGAACCUAGCUACUACACUACAACGUAUGCUGCUCCAUCUUACUACACUGAGGCACCCCAAUAUUACACCACGAAGGCUGCCGAAUACUACACAACUAAAGCCCUGGAGUACUAUACCAAGAAAGCUGAAUACUACACCACUACUUACGCUGCCCCUGUUUACUACACUGAGACUCCCAAGUACUAUCCGGCUUCGACCUACUACAAAAGCGAAGAGCCACAGUACUACACCACCAAGGCACCUGAAUACUACACCACAUCAUAUGCCUCUCCUAGCUACUAUACAGAGGCUCCAAAAUACUACACUACAAAGGCGCCCGAAUACUACACCACCACUUAUGCGGCUCCCAGCUAUUACACUGAGGCUCCAAACUACUACACCACCAAGGCUCCCGAGUCCUACACAACGAAGGCCGAGUAUUAUACAACAACAUAUGCUGCUCCUAGCUACUACACCGAGUCACCGAAAUACUACACGACCGAAGCGCCUGAAUACUACACCACAGCAUCCUACUACACCACUACAUAUGCUGCUCCGACCUACUACACUGAAACUCCCAAGUACUACUCAGCUCCAAGCUACUACACUGAGGCUCCGAAAUACUACACCACUAAGGCACCGGAGUACUACUCAACUACUUACGCUGCACCAAGCUACUACACCGAAGCCCCAAAGUACUAUGCUGUCCCCAGCUAUACUACUACUGCCGCUGCCUACUACACCGAAGCAGAAGCAACCAAGUAUUACGUAGCUCCGACUUACUACACUGAAGCUGCUCGGUCUUACUACAGUGAGCCCACUUACUACACUGAGACCCCUCAGUAUUACUCCGCCCCGUCUUACUACACCGAGCCUAGCUACUACACAACAACCUAUGCCACCCCAGCUUAUUACCCUGAAGCUGCCAAAUACUACUCGGCACCAAGCUACUACACUGAAGCCCCGGUUUACUCUGCUACAUAUGCCAAGCCAAGCUACUACACCGAUGCACCACAAUACUACACUACAGCUUCUUAUUAUACCACUAAGGUCCCCGAGUACUACGCCAUGGAAAAGGCCGAAUACUACCCUACCACUUAUGCUGCUCCCGUUUACUACACUGAGGCUCCUAAAUAUUCGGCUCCAACCUACUACCAGAACGAGGCUACGAAGUACUACACCACUAAGGCGCCUGAAUACUACGCGCCUUCUUAUGCUACCCCAAGCUACUACACCGAAUCCCCCGUCUAUUACACUACGACUUACUCCGCUCCCGAGUACUACACCACCAAGGCUCCCGAGUACUACACCACCAAGGCUCCCGAGUACUACACCACCAAGGCUCCCGAGUACUACACCACCAAGGCUCCCGAGUACUACACCACCAAGGCUCCCGAGUACUACACCACCAAGGCUCCCGAGUACUACACCACCAAGGCUCCCGAGUACUACACCACCCCAUACGUCGCCCCCAGCUACUACAGCGAAGCUCCGAAAUAUUAUUCAGGUCCCAGCUACAGAACUGAAACACCAAAGUAUUACAAAUAGCUCCGAAGAUUUUAAUCAGAUGGUUCGAAAAUCAAUGUUUGUUUUAUUUUUGUUACACGGUAGACGUUACACAAUAUGUAAAGUAAAGUCCAAACCCGCUUCUCAUCUUUUCCCUUUUGGCCACCAGAGUGGUACUACGGUUUAGUACUAAUCUCCACAGCUGUAGUGGAGAGGUCUGUUAAUAUCUCUCGGGUUACUUGCUUCUACGAUCUAUACUGUGAAGGUACUGUCUCUCUAUUUACAUUAUCCCUAUCUAUGUAUCUUGUCUAAACUCCCACGUACAUAACUGCUCUAUGUAAGUGUGUGUUAAUGUACAAGUGUUGUGGGUUCAGGGUUAAUAAAGUAACGUUGUCUGCGAGUAGAAGCAGGGAGAGAUA